CAAGUUUUCACCCAGAAAGAAAGGAGCCUAUCAGGGUGAAGCUUGAAAAUCCAGACGUGGAAGAGGAUUUGUUUUGUGUAGCUCAAAAAGCAAAAAUGAAGGUGACUAACAAUGUGAAGCUUGAAAUAGGAGACGUGGAAGGUAAUUUGAAUAGUGCAGCUUAUAAAGUAAAAGCUUCUGAGAUGACAAAUACAUGGCAAGAAAAAGGCUAUACCCUCAUAGAUGCACAAUGUUCCAAGUUGGGGAAUCCAUACUUCAUUGUUUCUAUGCAGCCGACUUAUGUCUCAAGAAAUUUCCGCUUGGAUAUACCUGGUAACUUCUUCGGGAGAUAUUUCAAAGAGAAGGAAACCAUUGUCAUUCUGCGAGCUCUGAUGGGAGAACUUGGCAUGCAAGGUGCUCUUUCCAAUCAAAUUGUGCGAGGAUCCGCUCACCAGGUUGGAGAGAAUUUGCACUAGACAACGGUUUAAAAGUGCAUGAUACUUGUGUCUUUGAGCUGAUGGAAGGUGUCGAGCCAAUGAUAUAUGUAACAAUUUUCCGUGAUGAUUCCUGUUCCCUGAAAGACAAUCUCCCAAUUUGCUGGCAAGGUUUUCGUGCUUGCACAAGUACUAGCAAUUCUCAGGCACUAUGAGAAACUUUACAAUGAUAGCAGCUUUUAUGGUAUACUAGAUUUACCUCGUCUUUGGUCAUCCCUUUCCUCUAGUAUUUAGUAUCUUCAUUUCAAACUGAAAUAUUGUACUAUUUUUUAUUCCAUGUCUACUUCUUGUUUUUUGGUUGAAACGGACAUAAUUUUAAAAGGUUUGGGUAAACAAUAGUGCUAUCCUUGCUUUUAAUUUCA